CUGUCUCCAAGAAUAUCUCCCAGUGAACUUUGUCACAUCUCUUUUAAAGAUGACCCAUUAGUGUGGAAGAUGUUAAUGUAAGACUUGACCUCAUUCAGCAGAUGAACUUGAACAUCUACAAAAUGAGAAAAACGACAAACAGAAAAAGCAAUCUCUGAAAAAAUAUAGUUCCCAUCUUAAUACCUAACUGUUAGUUGACUCCUCUUACUUUUUCACCUCUAAACAUCCCUCCCCUCAGCAAAUGGAGCACAGCGAGAUGUCUUGCGUGUAAAUCAUCUGUGUAACACAUGUCUCCAGUGUAAUUUGGUUGCCUGGGGCAUUUUUAUCUCUUUUUAUCUGACUUCAAGAUCUUUCUUACCUAAUUUAAGCCUUCUGAAGUCUCCCUGCUAGCAGAAUGUCAAGUAGGCAGAUCUGUGCUUUGCUGGCUGGACUGGUGGGACUGGGCGCCAUCAUUGGCGCGACCAUCUCCAACGAAUGGAAGAGCACCAGCCGGGCCUCCUCAGUCAUCACGGCCACCUGGGUGUUCCAGGGCUUGUGGAUGAGCUGUGGUGGGAAUGCCAUCGGAGCCGUGCACUGCAGGCCUCACCUCACCAUCUUCAAACUGGCAGGUUACAUCCAAGCGUGCCGGGGACUGAUGAUCUCUGCUAUCUGUCUGGGUUUCUUUGGCUCCGUCUUUGCUCUGAUUGGUAUGAAAUGCACCCGCAUUGGUGGAACUGACCAGGUCAAGGCCCGGAUAGCCUUCUUUGCAGGAUUCAAUUUUAUACUCGCUGGUCUGUGUUCUUUGAGUGCAUGCUCACUGUAUGCACACAAGAUAACUUCAGAGUUUUUUGACCCUAUGUAUAUCGCACAAAAGUAUGAGCUUGGUGCUGCCCUGUUCAUUGGCUGGGGUGGUUCUGCACUGUGUAUUUUAGGAGGAGUGGUGCUUUGCUUCUCUCUGUCUGAUGGGCUAAGCAAGAGUUCAAGUCAUUCUGGGAGGGUGUACGGCUACAACGGAGCCACCUCCAUCAUGUCCGCUCGCACUGUGGACCACAGACAUCCCGUCAACUACAGGAGACAACCACCAGAUUACAGCACCAGCUCUCAGCAGUUUGAUAAGAACGCCUACGUAUGAGAUGAGCUGAGAUGAAGUCCGGCCUACAGAAAGGAAGAGAGAAACUUAAAAGUUCGAUUCUGCUGUGACUCCCAUGAGAUUCUGUUCUAUUUAAAUCUGUGAGUUUUUUGUAUACAGUUUUUACAAUAAUUAAUUAAGUCCUAAUAUUACAUUUUUAGCGUCAACAUCAACAUUUUAGCAUCAUAAUUGCAUCAACAAGCACAUUGAUUGUGCAGACUGCAGAGUAUUGCACCAAGCUAUCUUCUUUUUAUUUAAAUGUUUUGUUUUUAUUUAUGGAUUUUGUAUAAUAGUAUAAUCUACAGUAUCAUCUAGCCUGAGGCUUUAAGAUACCAUGCAAAGCAUGUGGUUGGAUCAAUAAAAGAUGACAUUUGAAGGUAAAAUAUUCUGCACUUUUAGCAAAAUGCCUAUAGAUGGCAGUGACAGCAUAUUCACUAGAGGGUGACAAUUUUUCGGGACUCCCGCGGGUCACGGGAUUCCUGCGGGUUUCCCGCAGUACGGGAGUAAAUUUCACUGUUGGUAACGUGAUUGGGACAGGACAGGAAAUAAUAAACGGGAGCUGGCGGGAAGCCAGAGAUUAACUUAAAAAAAAUGACGCUGCAAUGCAGUGAGUGCGCCCAAAGACGUGAGGCAUUUCGUUUUAGAAAAGAGAACCAAUUACAACCCACAAUACUGUGGCGAGCGCUCGCGGAAAGAUGCAAGUGAGUCAGAUUAUCUUAAUUUACAACCCUUGCGUCCCUUACACCGCACGACCACAAGGUGUACUGUAUUUAUUUAGAAUCAGACAUGAACACUCAAUAUUAGAAUACUGGCCAGACAUAGCCAAACACACUAAGAUAAUCAGUCGUGGUGGUUAAAGUAUUAGUAAAAGUUAACAUGAA